UUUUUUAAUAUUUUUCCCCCUUGUUGUUCGUUGCUAAAGUCACUCUUUUUUGGGGGGGCGCUGUAUUUAAACACUUAAAAUGCACUGCUAUCUGCUGAGCGUGUUCCUCACCGUGGAUCUGGCCACCGUGGCUUUCAGCCUGUCUACCUGCAGCACCCUCGACAUGGAUCAGUUUAUGCGCAAGAGAAUCGAGGCGAUCCGGGGGCAGAUCUUGAGCAAACUGAAGCUCACCAGCCCCCCGGACGAGUACCCCGAGCCCGAGGAGGUACCUCCGGAGGUUAUCUCUAUCUACAACAGCACCAGGGACCUGCUGCAAGAGAAAGCCAACCACAGAGCUGCCACUUGUGAAAGGGAGAGGAGCGACGAGGAGUAUUAUGCCAAAGAAGUUUACAAAAUAGACAUGCAGCCUUUUUACCCCGAAAAUGCCAUCCCACCAAGCUAUUACAGCCUGUACUUCAGAAUCGUCAGAUUUGAUGUCUCAGCGAUGGAGAAGAAUGCUUCCAACUUGGUGAAGGCCGAGUUCAGGGUCUUCCGCUUGCAGAACACAAAGGCGCGUGUCUCGGAGCAGCGGAUAGAGCUGUACCAGGUCCUAAAAUCUAAAGAAUUAUCAUCACCAGGACAGCGCUACAUUGACAGCAAAGUAGUUAAAACAAGAGCUGAAGGAGAAUGGUUGUCUUUUGAUGUCACUGAGGCUGUACAUGAGUGGCUCCAUCACAGAGACAGGAAUCUUGGAUUUAAGAUAAGCUUACAUUGUCCAUGCUGCACCUUCGUGCCUUCCAAUAAUUAUAUCAUCCCAAAUAAAAGUGAAGAGCUUGAAGCAAGAUUUGCAGGUAUUGAUGACUACACAUAUUCCAGUGGUGAUGUGAAAGCUUUAAAGUCCAAUAGGAAAAAAUACAGUGGGAAGACCCCACAUCUCCUGCUAAUGUUAUUACCCUCCUACAGACUUGAGUCGCAACAGCCCAGUCGGCGGAAGAAGCGUGCUCUAGAUGCUGCCUAUUGUUUUAGGAACGUGCAAGAUAAUUGCUGUCUGCGUCCACUUUAUAUUGACUUCAAGAGAGAUCUUGGCUGGAAAUGGAUUCAUGAACCUAAAGGUUAUCAUGCUAAUUUCUGUGCAGGAGCCUGCCCAUAUUUAUGGAGCUCAGAUACUCAGCACAGCAGAGUACUCAGCUUGUAUAACACCAUAAAUCCAGAAGCUUCUGCUUCUCCUUGCUGUGUGUCCCAGGAUUUGGAACCCCUCACCAUCCUCUACUACAUUGGCAAAACACCCAAGAUCGAACAGCUGUCCAACAUGAUCGUAAAGUCUUGCAAGUGCAGCUAAAGGAUAUCCCCUUGAAUAGCAUGACGUGUGUGUAUUAAAAAAAAAGUAACCAAGGAAAAAAAAAAAGAAAGAGAGAGUGGGAAGGAGAGAAAAAAAAAUGAAACCCCAGGUUCAUCAGUGUUAAAGAAAAGAAGAAAAGGAAAAAAAAAAAAAAAACCAAAAAAAAAAAGGA